AUGGUACAGCUCGAAUCGUCAGCGCCGUUAUUGACCUCAAGAGUACACCAGGGAGCCGCGACAUCCAUCUCGCACAACGCGAACACAUACGAUGCAAGCCUACAGGAGGCACCCGAACCAGAGAGGCCGUCUUGCAAAGAUCGGAAACCAUGGCGGAGACGAUGGUCACACUUUGCCCAUUCCUUCAUCAAGCUUGCGACUGGGAUAAAGGCGGGCUACAAAAGGUCCACGCAUGCAAUCCGAAGAUCAUGGAAGAAGAGUUGGACAGUGGAAACUUUCAGCUUCAUAUUCUCUGUUCUUACGCUCGCUGGUCUUGUUGCAACACUCUCCACCCAUCAAGGCAAACCUUUGCCGAAGUGGCCUCAGCUCAUCACGAUCAAUUCUGUUCUGUCUCUCUUUUCAUUGAUUAUGAGAACGGGUGUGAGUGUGGUUUUGGCUGAAGGAUUGAAAGGCAUCAGUCAAUCGAGAUGGAAGUGGUAUCGCAAGACGCGAACAUUGGGUGACAUUAAGCAUUUCGACGCAGCUAGCCGUGGACCUUGGGGGUCGUUCUUGUUACUAUGCCACAUGAGGCCGAGAAGAGCAUACUACAUGGCGUCUUUAGGUGCAUUGGCAACAGUAAUGACGGCUCUAACUGGCUUCUUCUCACAACAGCUUCUGCUGUUCGAAGACUGUGCGCAGCGCACUGAUACGGCAAUCGUACGUCUGGCAAGGACAAACAACUACACUGCCGCAGGGGGGAUUCUAGGGCUGGGAACCGGAGGAAAUUGGAUGUUGUGGGCAGAAUAUGCACCAAUGGUGGCUGCUACGACUGUUGGUCUUAUCCAGCCCAUAGAAGACUUUACCAACGUCUUCGCCCGUGGAUGCGACAGUGGUAACUGCACAUUUCCGUCCAGUGACGGAGCAUCGUUCUCAACAGUAGCAAUAAGCCACAUAUGCGAAGAUAUCAGCGGACUCAUUCGGCAGUACACUAACUACUCACAUACAAGCACGGUGCUGACAACACCUGAGGGAGCACCAACCCGUCUUAAUUACUCGGACCAUCGUAAUUACUCAGACUUCUCCGUCAUGACAACAUCAACUCACGCCACUAAAUAUCGUGGCCACGACCUUUUCCCGUUGCACACCAUCGCUUUACUAUUCAGAGAACGUUUUGCCUCAAACGAUUCCAGGGCUGUCAACUGUACCCUUUUUCCCACGGUUAACACGUACAGCGUCAAAGUUGCAAAUACGCGCCUGGAAGAGACGUUGUUGGAAAGUAUUCCGCUUGACUUCGACUAUCCUGAUAUAACUACGAAUUUAGCUGGUGGUGAAGAAGAGGGACUAGAAUGGCGACCUAAUUUGUUUGCGUUGGCAACUGACUACACCAUGCGAGAUGGCAUCAAGGAGCCGUGUGCUGGCUCCGCGGAUCCCGCACCCGAACUUGUCAAGCACUACAAAGUCAAGACAGAAGAGUGGGACGAAGAGGGAAAAAUCCACAGAACAAGCACACAGUGGUAUUACCCCAAAGACUGCCUGUGGACCAUGAGCCAACCGGCGGCUUGGGGAUUGCGAAGGCACUUUGACACUAUGUUCCACGAGCAGAUUCUCAAGUCUAAUGGACUUUCGCUUAUUGAGGGAAACGCAUACUUGCGCGCAUUGUGGCGACAGGACCCGGAGGGGAGAGAGAACAUGACGGGUCCGCCAAUAAAGGGUCAGACGUCCAUUGCAUCUAUAGACGAAUCUUUCAGAAACAUGACGCGCGCCAUGACGGCUUUCAUACGGACCCACGGCGCAGAAGGAGAAGAGGGAUGGGCGAGAGGCUACAUGUGGGCAAACACGACUUGUGUGUACGUGAGAUGGGAGUGGAUCGCAUUCCCCGUCGUUAUGAUCGCCCUCACAGGACUGUUUUUACUGCUUGUCAUCAUCGACAACUGGAAGGUUGAGAGUGAUAGACUGUGGAAGAGCUCGGUACUUGCGACACUGUUCUGCGAGGUGGACGUAGAGCGCGAUCGGCCGAAAGGAAAGGAAGAGAUGAGUGAGAUCGCGAAGAGCACGGGUGUUAGUCUUGAGGGGAAGAGUGGGAGACUGAGAAUGGUGGUGCGGGAGUAG